UAUGGAAAAGAUUUAAUUAUUAUCUACAACCAAGACAAUUAAUAAAUAGACAAAAUAUGGCUAUUAUGCUAAUAACUCCUAGAUUAUUGUCCACUUGUGAAAUUACUAAGAACAUAAAAUUUAUCUCCCAUGAUAAUGACAUUAGAAUAUCAAAAUAUACAGUGAAAACUUCUAAUUCAUCAGAAAAACGACCUUUGCUAGUUUUGAUUUGUUGGCUUCUAGCUAAAGAGAAACACUAUAUGAAAUUUACUGAUUUGUAUUUACAACACGGAUUUGAUGUUACGAUAGUAACUAUCACUCCAUGGCAGCUUAUGUGGCCUGAAAAAGGAUCCAGAAUAAUUGCAGCAGAUUUGUUGACAUUCUUAGAAGAAAAUCAGGAUUAUCAACAAAUUAUGCUGCAUGGAUUUUCUGUGGCUGGCUAUUUAUGGGGCGAAGUUUUAACUUAUGUACAUAGCAAUCGUGAAAAAUAUAAUAAUGUUAUUGAUAGAAUUAUUGGUCAUGUAUGGGACAGUGCUGCAGAUAUUAGUGAAUUUAUUAUAGGCACGCCACGUGCUAUAUUUCCUAAUAAUCCUUUGUUGCAAUCUAUAAUACAAAAAUAUUUAGUCUAUCAUAUGAAAGCAUUUUACAAGCAAUCUACACAAUAUUACCUUCGCUCUAGUCAGAUGUUUCAUACAAAUUUGAUACGGAGUCCAGCACUUUUUCUUGUAAGUAAUGUAGAUCCUGUGGGACCAGUAAGUAGUAAUAUGAGGGUAAGAGAUUCAUGGGAUUCCUUAGGUAUAAAGACUUAUGUUAAAAUAUUUGAUGGAUCACCCCAUGUAGGACAUUAUCGGAAAUAUCCAAAAGAAUAUAUAGCAGAACUUCAUGCAUUUUUAAGGAUGUUAAACUUAAUCAAGAAUAAAGAUAAAAUUACAGCCAAAGGCUAAACUGAAAUAGA